AUGGGGGACACAGGCAACCAGACUGUGUGCUCUGAUUACUUGGUAUCAGGUCUGCAUGGCGUGGAGGACGAAAAACUGACAUCGUCUAGUAAUUUUGCUGACGACCCACUAUAUCACGGUCCUAGAAAUGCAAGAUUACAUUAUAACUUGAAACUUGUUGGCGCACAUUCAUGGGUUGCAGGUUCAAUGGACACACAUCAAUAUAUACAGGUGCAAUUUCAAAGAAAGAUAAGUAUUGAAACAAUCCUGUUACAGGGACGAAACGGUUCAGUACAUAACCAGUUCGUUAAAACCUUUUCAGUAUCCUAUAGCAACGAUGGUGUAACAUGGACUGAUGUGAAGUCACAAAACCAAGACCCAAUCAUAUUUGUUGGAAACAGAGACAAGAGCAGCGUGGUCAGGGUCGUUCUCGGUGUUGCUGUCUCUGCUUCGUACCUGCGUAUCAAUCCGAAAAGUUGGAAUAGUUUUAUCAGUCUCCGCUUUGAUGUCGGCGGUUGUUACAAGAUAGAAAGAAAAAACAAUGGCUCAGAACUUUACCAAAACUUUUCGAUGAUGGCCUCGGUAGAUCUUGAACAAUACCCGGUGUUGAAGGAACAAUGCAGGUCUACAUGUGAAUGUGGCAAACUUUGUCUACAGGCAAAUUCUUGCUAUGCGUUCACCUUUCACAAGGAUAAAAGUUGCCGGGAUCUCACAAUGGCAUUUACUAGUCUAUAUUCGAAAAAUACAGAAUCAGAAAAGGCUUUCGCUAAAAGAGACGUUUUCGAAGCCCUUCGCUUUCAAGAAUUCGCUAGCGGGUUUGGUUUUUACAAGGUUAUCGAGCGUAGUCUGAACCAAGCUGAUGCUGCCGAUCUCUGCCGUCAACAUUACUCCCAACUGAUCCGGAUAACUGCAGUAUCACAAAUCUCUAGUCUUUGGAAUGUCAUCGCUGGAAACACCAUUCUUUUGCAAGACAACAACAGAUUAUUUGUGUCGGGAAUGUUUGUGUCUCCUGAAUGGAAGUAUAGUGACGGUUCAGCAGUGAUGAACAACAUUUGGUCUGGACAAACUCCUGACCCCGGGAAAGCGACAUGCAAAUCCGAUGGAGAUCUAUUUGUGUGCCGAGAUGGUCAGUGUGUAGAUCAAGGGGUUGUCUGUGAUGGCCAAGGGGACUGUCAAGACUCCUCGGACGAAGAUUACUCACUUUGUUUCAGCCUGAUAGAUACAACAAGAGAAGAGUUGAUCAACACCAAAACGGAGGUAUCAGUAUCCACCAUCACUACAGAUUUCACCAUAAUAUCCAAUGAGAACUUCCUAUCAUCAACCGCUGACGUAAAAACAGCUAGUGGUGACGUAAUAACAGCUAGUAAUGACGUAACAACAUCACCUGCCUCCAUUUCAGUAUUAAACGACGAUGCAUUUUCAACGAAAAAUUCAACAGUCCUCCAGUGUACAAAAAUGCCAGAUGUUGUGUCUCGAAAGCAAUGCAUCCACAGGUAUCUUCCUAAGGUCCAAGGGUUGAGCUGUAACAUCUCAAGCUUGGCCCAAUCAGUCUUCAAUAGAUUGAACUACACGGACACGAAAAACAUCUCUGAAGUUGACGUAUUGCAGGUCAUUAUAAAAGACGGAGUCGUCUUCUUCUAA